GGCUUUACGGUGGGGGGGGGGGGGUCUUUGUGUAGUGCACAUGCUGUAUAUAAUUGCACACGUUCUCAUAAAGGACAGUGCCUAAAGUACACCACCCAUCUUUCCAUACUACAUCAAUAAUAUGCAUGACACCAAAGACGCUGUUUACAUAUGGUGGUGUGACAUGCACACACGCGCACAAUACAGGUCCAAUCCACGUGCACUACGCAGUCGUAAAUAGCGCUGAAUACACAGCCCUUUCGUGCACAUUCUAUGGACUAUAUAUAGAGAGCAAUUGUUUUUGUAAUGUGCAGUAUUUGUAUGCAUUGUAUGAACAUGAGCCAUGUGUUCAUCGCGUGUUUACAGUACACUAUACUCACUACGCCCGUGUAAGUCAUUGCGUACAUAAGACCGUACAUAUGUGCGAAUUAGUGCACUUUUAUAACCGUGCAGUGAUCCUGGCAAUAUGAACAUUGCCCAGCACGUAACACUGCAGGGAGGCUAUCAUCCAGCAGUGGAUUGCCAAAAGGGUUGUCUGGUGCUCUGGGCCAUGCAUAGUUCUGUACACGUGUUCACUUCAAUACGGUGUAACACGAUCGUGCUGCCGUAUUUAACGUAGUCCAUAAAACGCGAAACUCCGCGUAUGGAAUCUGACUACUUACUGUAAGCACGGCUGUGUUGUGUAGUGAUGUACACGAGUGGAAACUUGUGCCGUCUAACAUGAUUUGUAUUUACGGCCUCGGGAAUAUGAUGAUCCACGUGUGAAGGGAUUGCGACCCGGGGAGUGUGGGGGACGCCGUGUUAGAGCGACACGUGUCCACCACGCCACGUGUCCACCACGACACGUGGGUCUGUGGUGGGAGUCUGCCUCUCUAUCCGUAUGCGACUGGAAUGCUGUCAGUUUGUGGGUCUGCCUUUGGUUUGUAGGUAUAAGGGCUGUCUGGAAUUUGGAAACAUAUUUGUACAUAUGUGGUUAUUUUAUGUCUGUCUCUGUACGGGGUCCUUCUGAAUAACUGUGUAUGGGAUUUAUAUGUAUAGGUCUGCCAAGUUUGUGGGUGUGGGUCUCUACUCGCCUUUAUGGGUCUGCCUGUAUGUGGAUUGGUGUCUGUGGGUCUACCUAUGGGUCAGUGUUUAUGCGUCUGUUUGUGAGUCUUCUGUGGACCAGUAUAGGUUUUCGUGUACUGGACGUGGCAUUGUGUCUGCGAGUCUGCCUGUGUAUGGGUCGGUGUUUAUGAGUCUUUGCAAGUUGAGUCUGUGCGUGGGUCGAUGUUUGGCGCUGUAUGUGAUCUGCCUGUGUGUGGGUCUGUGCGUAAAUUGUUUUCUCGUAUACCGAUCUACCGUGCCUGUGAGAGGCGGCCUAUACUUGAGGGGGAUUGUGUGUGUUCUACGUGUCACACGUAUGCCUCUGUGACGCCUGCAAGUUGGAUUGUGCGUAUGGAUGGACGCGUUACGUGAAUGUGUUCGCGUCAGCGGCUCACUGCGUGUGUGCGCGCAUGUGUUGGGAGGGAGGGGGUCUCUUUAUGCGUGUGUGAAUGUACGUCAACAUCCAGUGGCAGGUUGUUAUAUUGAGCGUUUUCUAGAUCGACUAACCCCCUUAAAUAAGGACGUGGAGCGGUGUGUUAACAUCACAAAUACGGAGCAGCGAGACGAGGAGGGGACGGUCUCGGAGGUCCGAGAGGAACCGGUUUUGGUUGAGCCGAACGUGGCGAAGAAAGCCAACAGCAUCGCCAAGCCGCCGCACCUCGUCUACUCACCGGCCAGCCCCGACGCGUCCCCUCCACCGUCCAGCAAGGACCCUGUCAAGUAUGGCGAGCUCAUCGUGCUCGGGUACAACGGCUCUCUUCCCAACGGCGACCGCGGGCGCAGGAAGAGCCGCUUCGCCCUCUACAAGCGGUCUAAGGCCAACGGCGUGAAGCCCAGCACCGUGCACACCACCGCCACGCCGCAGGCUGUCAAGGCGGUGAGCAGCAAGGAGCAGCACAGCAUCUCGUACACGCUGUCACGCAACCACACCGUCGUGGUGGAGUACACGCACGACGCCGACACCGACAUGUUCCAGAUUGGCCGCUCGACCGAGAGCCCGAUUGAUUUUGUGGUGAUGGACACGGUGCCGGGCAGCCAGAGCAGCGACGAGACGCAGAUCACGCAGAGCACCAUCUCGCGCUUCGCCUGCCGCAUCAAGUGCCAGCGCACGGCGCCCUACACGGCGCGCAUCUUCGCCGCGGGCUUUGACACCUCCAAGAACAUCUUCCUGGGCGAGAAGGCGGCCAAGUGGAAGAACCCGGACGGCCACAUGGACGGCCUUACCACCAACGGCAUCCUGGUGAUGCACCCUCGCGGCGGCUUCACCGACGAGUCUCGCCCCGGCGUGUGGCGCGAGAUCUCCGUGUGCGGCAACGUGUACACGCUGCGCGAGACGCGCUCUGCUCAGCAGCGCGGCAAGCUGGUGGAGGGCGAGAGCAACGUGCUGCAGGACGGCUCGCUCAUCGACCUGUGCGGCGCCACGCUGCUGUGGCGCACGGCCGAGGGCCUCUUCCACACGCCGACGUCGCGCCACAUCGAGGCGCUGCGCCAGGAGAUCAACGCGGCGCGGCCGCAGUGCCCCGUCGGCCUCAACACGCUCGCCUUCCCGAGCCUGCGCCCGCGCGCCGCGUCCUCCGCCGCCGGGGCCGCGGCCGCCGCCGUCGUCGCGGCCGGCGCCGAGGAGAAGCAGCCGUGGGCGUACCUGCGCUGCGGCCACGUGCACGGCCACCACGACUGGGGUCACCGCACGGCGGGCGACGCCGACGCGCGCGAGUGCCCGAUGUGCCGCACCGUGGGGCCCUACGUGGCGCUGUGGCUGGGCUGCGAGCCGGGCUUCUACCUGGACGCCGGCGCGCCCACGCACGCGCUCACGCCCUGCGGCCACGUGUGCUCCGAGAAGACGGCGCGCUACUGGGCGCAGAUCCCGCUGCCGCACGGCACGCACGCCUUCCACACGGCGUGCCCGUUCUGCGCCACGCAGCUGUCGGGGGAGCCGGGCUACGUGCGGCUCAUCUUCCAGGGCCCCGUCGACUGACCCGGCUGCAGACACCACCCCAGCUCGUCGCCGUGGCCCUGCCGUGGCCGGCGGUGGCAGCUGAACUUGCUGGAUGAGUCGGACUAAGGGACCUCGCACAAAGAGGCAAGAGGUGGAUUUUAAAUACACUGGACCAAGCCAAGGAUGGGUACCAAAACCGAAGAUGAGGCGUGCACACGCCCAGACUUAAAUAUUCCGACGUGACCGCAUUAGUUGUGUGUUGUAUUGGUUUUGAAUCGAAUGUUUUUAAGUUUAGUUUGGAGAAGUCACCUGUUCAUUUUAAUUAAAUUUGACAUUGAUGGACAGUAUUUGUGACUAAAGGGUGAUCGGUGCAUGCUUUCUAGCGUAACCUAACAUCUCGGAACUAGCACAUGCCCCUUUUCAUACUGCAAUUCUUCCACCACUGGAUGACUAAGGUCGUAAGGAUCCCAUCCCUGUAACUGCUUUGCCAGAAAGGAGGGGAGGCCCAAGCCCUGAGUUUAUACUGCGCGGGUGCCACAUUGGUUGUCUUAUCAGAGAAUGCUGGAGAUAUUUUUGUACAACAUCCUUUGGUCUUCUGCAGCCUGGACACAUGCAUGAGAACCGCGGGUGUCAUGUACCCAGGCGGCAGGGGUCAGGGGCGGUCAAUGAGGGGGUUUGCCAGUUGUGUAAAUAAGGAGGUACUGGGACGUGUGGACAAAACAGCCCUCAGCUCAGAUGUACAGUUAUAAGCUGUCGUUUAAACUCAAGCAUGCAAGUGCCCAUCAAAUGCUGCUCCCUUUCAUUGGUGGGUAAUGUACUGUAGAAUGAUUUAAGGUCUGACGACUACUUAACUUUGAUAGCAUCUGAACUUUUAAUCAAUAACAUCAGAUAGGAAGACCAUUUUCCUUCUGCUAGACCAAAUAAAGACAUCACUGCUUGCCGACAGCCUUC